AUGAACGCCCUCUCAAAAUCUAAAGGGAAGCCCCAUGAAUUGCACCCCAAAUAUACGCCAUCAAUCAGUUUCCAGAGCGUCCCCGCCGAGUCCGCGACUCUACAGCAAGCCCAGCAGGCGGGAGAGGGCUUUAAAUCAAAACUCUUUGGUUCCUUUCCUCGGGGAGAAGUGACCGUCAGAAAAAACGACAGCAUUCUUCUCGAUAUCUUGGGGAAGUUGGGUUUGAAUCCCAAUGUUCUCUUCUCACCUGCGGAUUGGGCAUCAUUCCAAUACUACGAUACCAAGUUCUGCGGCCCAAAGCUCACGCUCAGCGACCACGCCAAUCCCAUCGCUCUCCACACCCAUCUGGGGCUCAUGAGGUACUUUGACAACACCAUGCUACAUCCUUUGAACAUGUCGAUCGGCGACAAGGAGGCUCUAUGGUCAAGUGCUAUGAAGAGUUGUCACGGCCUGCUGGGACGCAGCAGGGGAGAGGACGGGAAAAGGUGA